CUCCACCUCUGGCAGCGGCGGCGCUGCGGGGGCGGGCAGGCGAAGGCACCCGCUGCCUUGCCGCCGCGUUGCCAUAUGCCAGGGCAGGGGCGCCUCUCGGCUCGCUCCCGCGCGGGAGACGCAACGGCCUCCCUUCGCCGCGAAGGAGAGAGGAGGUGUCCUCCGCCCCCCGCCCCGCCUGCCUCCCGCCCCGCUCAUGCCAGGGGCGCGCCUUCCCUCCUCGCCCGCAGCGACAGAGGAGGCACCCGCCCUCCCUUCACCCCACCCCGCUCUCCCGCAGCCGCUCACCCCUUUGCCGCCGUCUCCGCCGCCGCCGCCACCGGGCCGAAGCCGCAGCCGCCUCCAUCCCGGGGCUCGGCAGCCACCCCGCACCCCGCCGCCCCAAUUCUCUAAUGCCGCCUCCGCUCGUGCCAGGGCCGCCUCCGCCCGCCGGGCCGCCCACUGCGUCAGCUCCGUAAGUCCCGCUACGCACCCAGCGGUAACUAUGGCGACAGCGGGGCCUUCCUGCGCCCUCUGCUGUCGGGAAGCGCGGGCCUGGCGAAGCGAGCUGGCGAAAAGAGGAGGCCUCGCGGGGGCGGGGGGGGCGGCCGAUUGCACGCACCUCGGGGCAAAGAGAGGCGGGUGCUGAGAGGGGAAAGAGAAGCCUUCCUUCGCUGCUAAAUUCCUAAAACGAGGUUUUUCUUUGCUAUGCUCCAGCCUGUCUAGAAUCCUUGCCAUGUCCCAGGAAAGGGACCCUUGCUCUUUAAUAAUUGGGGGGGGGAGGGGAGCAGUGGUUUCUCAGUGUGGAAGGAAGAGCUCUCUGCACAUGCUUAGAAACCUGUUUAUCCUCCUAAAUCUGAGGUUAGCUCUGAUAUGAAAAACAGUUUUCACUCCAGAGCCCUGGCAUUAAUUAAACAAUACAGUAGGAAAGGGGGAGGGGGAGAGAGUUGAGUGGUGGCAGACUGGUGCAAUAAGUUUUUUGUUUCGUGGAGGAGUCAGUUUGCAUAAGAAGGAGCAGCAAGGGCAUAAGGAAUGCACUGACAUUUGUCAUUUGACAAUGUGAAAUAAUCCAGUGCAUUUAUUGUUCCUUGUGUCUUGAGGAAUUUUCAGGCUUGACUGAGAACUACUGAGAACAAGGAAGCACGCCCAGGGGCCAGGAUCUAAAAUACAGUUCCCAGUGAGCUUCCAUCUGCUUGUUCCACUUCAGUGGCCCUGCAGUUCUGAUCACAUCUAUAUAAUAAUAUAAUAUUGCCCUGCAAGUUGCUUCCCAAAUUCAGUGGACCUUUGAGAACAGCAGUCAUUCAGUGGAGGUCUUCCCUCAGUGACACAUGCAUUGGUUACAAUCCAGUCUGAAUUGCUGUAAUGUGCUCUAUGUUCCGUGAUUCUCUUUGGCUCCUGACUCAAUAUAGUUAGCCUCCUGAAAGAUUUACAAAUACUUGGCAGCCUCAUGAAAGAUUCACAAAUAGAUACUUUACUUCUGUAGCACAGGGUUGGUUUUUUUACCCAGAGUUCCAUGGAACCCUCAGCUUCUGUGAGCACGCCCCAGGGUUCCACAAAACUGUACAACCUCCCACCUUAGGCACUUCACAAUCCCCUCUUGUGGCAGGCAGGUAGUCACUCCCACUCGUCCAAUCAUCUCAAAUAAUACUCCAAGUUAUAAUUAUUGAGUACAAUUACUUGCCUUUGGUUUUUGUAAUUGUGAAAGAAAUUGCUUAUUACUUUUCUUUCUUUCUCUUGAUGUGGAGGCAGGGAGGAUUGUGGUUGCACUCCAUCUAUGACAACAAGUUACAGAUGAUCCUCUACCAGGAAAACAUAAUUUCAAAGUAAGUGCUAUAGGGCAUCCUGCAGCUCUGUGCCAGUACCCAGGGGCAGAAAUCCAGAAUGCAGUUUUGCAUGCUUGUCCUCUGUCAGUUUCUGUAGGAAAUGUGAGUCCCUUGGGAUGGACAGAUGACAAGGCCAAGGAAGGGAGGGCCCAGAGCUGCAGAAAUCAGCAACGAAAGAUUUGGGAAGGCUGGCCUUCGACAGUUCUUCAGAAGUCUUUAAUAAAAGGAUAGGUUACACAUCAACAAAAUAGUGACGUCCAGGCAAUUGUCCACAAGAAGUUUGUGAUGAAAAUGCAGAACAGUAGCUUAACAGUACAGGCUUGGGCUUCAAGAAAUAUUCAUUUAAUGGUUUGCUUUUAACAGUCAAGAGGUGUGACUUAAUACAAGAAAUGUUUAUUCAAUCAAGUAGGGAGUCCAAUUGGCAGUAUACAAAUUUAAUAACUAAAAUGAACAAUAAACAAUAAAAUACACCAGCAGCACUCUGGAAACAAGUUGUUCACUUAGCAACCCUCCUCCCUCUUUCUUGAGAUACUUUGCUAUCUCCACUUCCAGAUAAAUGUUUAAGUGCUAAAUUAACUCUGGAAGAAACUACCAUCUGGAUGCAGCAGACUAAAAAGCAAGGACUUUAAUUGAAUAAAAGGGAAAGCAUUUGAACAGCAACAAUAUACAUCUUUUAGACAGAAAUAAGACAGUGGGAUCAUUUUCCUAGAACAGAUCAUUAGCUGCCUUGAUUCAUGUGAAUGGGUCUUUCGCUGUGGUUUUCCCUGACUAACCUGGUCUGUAACCAGAGACUUAACAGAAGAAGCUAAGUGGUGCUUAUUGCUCUAGAAUACUUCUCCACUCUUCGGAAUCAUAGAAUUGUAGCAUUGGAAGGGUCCCAAGGGUCAUUUAGUCCAACCCCAUGCAAUGCAAGAAUCCCCCGUGCACAGCUAAAGAAUCUCUAAUGGAUGGCCAUCCAACCUGUGUCUUAAAACUUCCACUGAAGGAAAGUUUACCACCUUCUGACGCAGUCCUUUUCACUGUCUUCCUGUUGUAGUGUCCAUCAGAGUUUGGAAGUGGGACAGGAAGGAAAAGCUAAAAGGAGGUUUUCCAGUUUGAAUUUGGAGAAAGAAAUAAGACAUAGCCUAUCCCCCACCCUCCUCUCCCAACUGUAUAUCUCAGUUCCACCACCUUGGCAGGCCACUUAUGUGUGAUCAUAGGAUUGCCCACUUUAAUUAAGAUCCGGGAUGAAUGAGUUGCCUGGAACCAGAUGCAUCUUAGCUCCUAUUCAGAAGCAAGUAUCAAAUCUAGAUAAGGGUGCAUAGGUUUGCAAUCUGAAACAACUCCACCCAUUCACCAUUGCCAGCUCCUUAUGCCACCUCUUUCCUGUCAAAUCUCUCUUCAAAAUACAUUUUCCAGGAAGACUUUAGCCCAACCUCUUAACCUUCACUUCCUAGAAAUACUAAGCUAACUGCAUUCAUAGUUUCCAUGAUUCUAUCUUCCCUCCCUUCUUGUCCUUCCAUUGUCUCCCUUUUGUUGAGAUUUAGAUGGCAUGUUCCUUGGGGUAGACUGUUUUGCUUAUGUUAUAGUGUACAUAAAGAAUAAAUAGGGAAUAAACACAGCAGUAACUGCUGGAUGCUAUUGCGACUAGUACCUUUUACUACACAGGCAUUUUAUGUUCAGUGCAACUUACGACUUUUUCUUGUCUGGUUCCUUAAGGAAAGGGCCCAUUUGUUAAGCAGCACUUGACUGCUUACAUAUGCCUCUGCUGCAGGUUUUGCUAAAUAAAAGCACCACAGCAAAGAAUACAAAAUCAUGCACUGAGUCACCAAAGGGAAUUCUGUUUAGGAGAUUCCAGGCGUGUUGGUGGCUUAUUUGUGUCUGUUAGGCCUCUUUGCAGCAUUGCAACCCACCCCUAAUCACAUUUACUUAAUGUUCUAUUGAUUUAAAUGAAAUUUUAUUCAGAAUAAGUGUACAGAGGACAUCAGCCUUUGCAUCUUGAACUUGCUAGGACUGCUCAAAGAAGACUGUUCACAUUGUCUGUUUUUGGAACUCCCCCCCCCCCCCCGUCAGGAAUAAAUUCUAUUUACAUGAGACAACAACCACAUUUUCAAAGCUAGCGUAGAAUGUGAAGCCAUGGGUGGCCUUGGUAUUAGAACUCUACUUCCAGGCUACCACCAGCAAGCAAUCUUAAGGCAGAGGUAGCCAAUGGGAUGCCCUCCAAAUGUUGAUAAUGCAAAAAGAACACAAGAAGAGCAAGCCAGAUCAGGCCAAUAGCCUGUCUGGUCCAGCAUCCGCUUCUCACAGUGACCAAAUGCCUGUGGGAAACCUCCAAGCAGGAUCUAAGCACAAGGGAACUCUCCCCUCCUGUGGUUUCCAGCAACUGGUAUUCAGAAGUAUUAGUGCCUCCUAAUGUACUCUCACCAAACCAGCAUACAUUUUAGAGAAGUUCCUUACAUCAGUGAUAUCACAUUGUGAUGUAAUUCUCUUUUAUCAGUUGUGAAUACAACCAGUUAAAGGUCAUUCAAUAAUUUUAAAGGGGGGGGGGAGAGAGAGUACUUACAUUCUACUAUAUCUCAAGAACGUUUAAUUUGUUCAGCAAUUUCAGCGAUCAAAAGUUCUGCAUUGAAUUUUGCAAGAUGCAACUCCACUCCGGAACCUUAGGAUGAAGGGCAGGGAAUGAAUGAAUGAAUGAAUGAAUGAAUGAAUGAAUAACACAAUGACAACAAGUUAAUUGACAGUUUUGCACAAAAGAAAUGGUAUAUAUUUUAUGUAUAUCUAUGAAUAUUUUACAGAAACUGUUGAAUUUUCGUUCGUUUGGUUCCUUUAAAUAAAGUUUGUUUUUCAACAUAUAGAAACAAAAAGUACUGUUUAACAAUAUAAUAGU